UGACCUUUGCAAGAGUGACAUCAGAGAUCAGCUGGGAGACAAAAGCAGGACUUCACAUCUCGACGUCGUGUUAUUUGAUAAGCAUGGAGCUGUCUCUGCGGGACUGAAACAAACAAAACAGUUCAGUCGACAAAACAUUUUCAUGUUUGAAUUGUGUUGAGUUCGGUCCCUCAGAGGAGCGGCGUUCGUACGCUGAGUCUUCUGUAGGUCGGUUCGGUUGUUUUGCCAUAUUGAAUUGCAGGAUAUAGGACACCGAUCUACAUGCUGCAUCGUUCAAACUGAAACGACUCGAAAAUGGGUUUCUUUCACCAGCUGCGUCUUUUGCUUUGGAAAAAUUUUACUUUAAAAAAGAGAAGGCCGUUCGUGCUUUUGUUCGAGGUCUUCAUCCCGUUAGUGCUCUUCGUCAUCUUGCUGUUGAUCCGGAAGAAACUUCCAGCCUCGCCCAUCUCCACCAGUCGCUACACUGCGAAACCUCUUCCAUCAGCAGGCCUGGUGUCAUUGUUACAGAUGUUUUGUGAGGGAGGGCAGCGAGAUGAGCAUGGCUUCAUGAACUUCUCAAAUUCCAAAUCAACUGAGAAAUUCUUGAACCAGCUUCAAGCAGUAGCUUUGCAUCACAACUUCUUCAUUCCUGGCUUCACUGCUCAAGAAAUGGAUGAGCUCCCAGAUCUGUACCGAUCUGUUAUCAAUGACCCUGCAUUUCUACAUGAUCAAUUCAUCAGUGCCAAAAAUAUAGGACUGGAUGAUGUUCUUAGUAAUGCAUCCACCGUAGCAAAAUUCAUGACGCUUGACCUUUCCUUGCCCUCUAAGGAAGUAGAAGCACUUGUACACUCCACUGUCAAUGUCCAAAUGAUUUAUAAAUAUUUAUUUGGAGGUGAUCUCAACUCAUCCAUCAUUCCUCUCAUACGGAUGCGUCGAAGCCCAGUCAGCCUAGACGAUCUUCAGAAGGGAGCCAGUGCUCUCUUGCCUCCGUCCAUCGUGUCCAGCUUGUUGAAUAAUUCUGGAAGUGGAUUUGGUGCAAUAACAGCAGCAGAGUUUGCCGGCAUCCUGAAGGUACUGCAGGCUCAAGCUCUGGCACAGUUGCAGUCAUCUGUGCUGAUGGAGUCCCUGGUGAAAACAUUGCUAGAGCAUCAGGAACUCCUGAGCCGGGGAAACAUGCUAACGGUGCUGGAGCUGCUGCUGAAAACAGUGGAAUCUCAGGGACUCUCUCUGGUGCUGCAGCCAGACCACAUAGCAAGGCUUCUCAAGAUGUUUAUCCUCUCUCCAUUUGUUCUUCAUUCCAUUGCCUGUAAUGAUGCUGUCUUCACACAACUCCUGCAGCCAUCUGUAUCAUACAAUAUUACUGUGGCUGAACAGGCCAAUAUUCAACAUCUUCUUUGCUCACUGAAUGCCUCUCAGCUGCUGCAAAUGUCUAAUGUGUUCAGUUCAGAGAUCACAGAUGAAAAGAUUGUGCAGAUACUGAAUCUUCAUGCUGUCAAUCUGUCAGCAACUGCUUUAAAAGUUCACCGAUUUUUGGAUAAGGUGGAGAAAUUCAUACUAUUCCAACGUGAGCUGGAAGAACUUGGCACAUUUGUGGAGAUGCUUCCUUUUGGUGAUAACUUGACAGAUUCGCUCACAGGCAAUCAGACAGCUACAGACCAGUCUUUCAACAUUACCAACAAUGUUACACCAACAGAUUCCAAGGAUUCUGAAAAUGGUCAUCCCUCAAAAAAGAAUUGGAAACCAAGCUUAAUGAGGAUAUGGAACUUCAUGCAGAUAGCAGUCUGUGGCAAAAAACCCAAAGCUCUUGCACCUGCUCAGUCCCAGGGCUCUAAUACAGAUGACGAGGACAUAGAUGCCUUGGCUCUGUCAUCACGACAGAAAGAUAUGCUAGGCAUAAUCAUCCAUUACCUGUACAGCAAUCCAAAAAUCAUAUAUGCUCCCAAUAACACUGCAGCUGACAGCAUUAUAAGCAAGGCAAAUGCCACAUUCCAGUUUGUUGGUGCAAUUGGGGACUACGCCAGAGAAUGGUUAAAUAUCUCCCAAGAGCUUCGUGAAUUUCUGCACAUGCCUAAGACAGAGCAUAACCUUCAAGCCAUCAAAGAAAUGCAAGACGACCUUCGAAAACAUAAUGGAGUCAUCUGGUGGCUCUUCAAACUUCCACAGUUGUCACCUUUCUUGUCAGAACCAGUUCAUAAUUCUAGCCAGUAUAUACACAUGGUGGACAUGAUCGACAAAGCAGCUCAGGGCUGGCUGAACCUUAUUGAGGGCAUCUCUCUCAAUGUCUUUGAAGGCUUCGAGUCUGAAGAAGAUAUGGUCAACUAUUUCCUCACUCAAGCAUAUGCUGAAAAUGUCAGUGUGAUUGCAGGUGUGGUGUUUGAAAACAUGUUGCCUGGCACUAGCCUGCCGCCACAUGUACGUUAUAAGAUACGACAGAAUGCGACCUUCACACCGACCACCAAAUACGUCCGUAAACAGACCUGGUACCCGGGACCUGGCCCUGGGACAUACCCUUACUACCAGUUUGGCUUUGUUUGGGUUCAGGACCUGAUAGAGCGAGCAAUUGUGGAUCUGCAAGUGGGACGAGAAGUAAUAGAACCAGGAACCUACACACAGCAGUUUCCAUAUCCUUGCUAUGUGUAUGACCAGUUUGUCUUCAUGAUAGAACAUGUGAUGCCUCUCUGUCUGACCAUUUCAUGGGUCUACUCUGUCGCCAUGCUGGUGCAGAGCAUUGUAUAUGAGAAAGAGCACCGUCUUAAAGAGGUGAUGAAGAUGAUGGGUCUCAGCAAUGCUGUCCACUGGUGUGCAUGGUUCCUGACCACAUGGAUACAGAUGACUGCUACUGUUGCCAUCCUGACAGCCAUGUUGAAGCUUGGCAAGGUUCUGCCUCACAGCGAGGUUGCCAUAAUCUUCAUUGUGCUGGAGGUGUAUGCUAUUGCCAUCAUCUCCUUCUCGUUUUUAAUCAGUGUCCUAUAUUCGAAGGCUAAAGUGGCAGCCGCGUGUGCUGGCAUCAUUUACUUCCUGUCAUAUGUCCCCUACAUGUACCUGGCCAUAAAAGAGGACGCUGGUGAUAAGAUCCCAGCUGUGUACAAAACUGUUGCUUCACUGUUCUCCACUACUGCCUUUGGAGUUGGUGCCAAGUAUUUUGCCUUCUAUGAGGAGAUGGGUGUGGGAGUACGAUGGGACAACAUAGGGAUCUCACCUGUAGAAGAUGACCAGUACAACCUCCUGAUGGUGACCUUGAUGAUGGUCCUUGACUCGCUUAUCUAUGCCGUACUUGUAUGGUACAUAGAACAUGUUCAUCCAGGGUCAUAUGGUCUCCCAAAGCCUUGGUAUUUUCCUUUCACGAAGUCAUACUGGUGUGGAGGCACUAUGCGUAUAGUAGAGGAGUGUUCCAACCCCUUCUCUCUCUGUCAUAGGAGAAACAGGGGGUACCUUUCUGUCAUGGAAGAAGACCAGGCAUGUGCAAUGGCACAACAAGACCCAGAACAUGCCAGAAGAUUUGAGCCAGAGCCUGUGCAUUUGCCUUUGGGUGUUUGCAUUGACAACCUAACUAAGGUGUACAAGCUGGGCCGUAAGGUGGCAGUCAAGCAGCUCAGUCUUAACCUGUAUGAGGGACACAUUACAUCCUUUCUGGGCCAUAAUGGUGCUGGCAAAACUACUACCAUGUCCAUGUUGUCAGGUCUUAUCCCACCAACUCAAGGUUAUGCAACAAUCUAUGGCAUGGACAUCCGCACAGAUAUGGACGUCAUUCGGCAGAGCCUGGGCAUGUGUCCCCAGCACAAUGUCCUCUUUGACAAGUUUACUGUGGAGGAACACUUGUGGUUCUAUGCUCACUUGAAAGGAAUGAACAACAAAGAUAUUCAGCAAGAGACAGACAGGAUAAUUGAAGACUUAGGGCUGCCAGACCGAAAACAUAGUCGUGUAGACUGCUUGUCUGGAGGUAUGCAGCGUAAGCUGUCUGUAGCCAUAGCGUUUAUAGGUGGCUCACAAACUGUCAUUCUUGAUGAGCCCACAGCUGGCGUGGAUCCCUAUGCCAGGCGAGCGAUUUGGGAUCUGCUGGUAAAAUAUAAACAAGGCAGAACCAUCCUCCUUUCCACACACUACAUGGAUGAAGCAGAUAUCCUUGGUGAUCGUAUAGCCAUCAUCUCAAAUGGUCAACUUAAGUGCUGUGGCUCCUCCAUGUUCUUGAAAAAUAAUAUUGGUGAUGGAUACCACCUCAUCCUUGUCAAAGCAGAGGGAGGAGAGAUUCACCUUGAGGAAGCAGAAGAUGAUGAUGACAAACUACUUGAUGAGGAUCAUGUGCGGUCUCAGCACAUCUCACCCUGUAAUUCAGACAGUGUGGGGAGUUUUAUACAGAAAUAUAUGCCAUCAGCCUACUUGAUGUCUGAGAGUCCGAGAGAACUCCACUACAUCCUGCCAUUUGAAGAAGCUAAGAAAGGAAACUUCAGAAAGCUUUUUGAGGCACUGGAUUCAUCUUUGGUAGAUCUGCAUGUCAACAGCUAUGGCAUUAUGGACACCACUUUGGAAGAGAUUUUCCUGAAGAUCACAGAGGCUGCCUGUCAAGAAGAGGAAGCACAAGAUGAGGGAAGCAAAGCUGCUGAUGCUCUCACAAACAACUCCACUCAGGUCACACCAGCAUCCUCAGUUUCUGACUCAAGUUCCCCUGAUUCAUAUGAUGACCCUCUGAACAGCCUCAUUGAGCCAGCCACUGUGGAAGAACAAGGUUUACUAAUGGAGGGAGGGUUCAUGGGUGAUCUGCAGUCAAGUUCAGGAGGUUCUGUGACUGGUGGGCCUGUAGGCCAUCAAAGUGGAGAAAGAAGGAUUGCUGACUUGAAUGCUAAGGCAUCUCCUGUACUUGGAAAUGAGAGACUGAAUGAACAAGGAGCACAGUCAAACUCUUCCUUUCAGGAGGCCAUUUCAAGUAAUCAACAUUUGUCCCAAAGAACUCAGUCCCAACUGCCCUCUUUUUCUCAGCAGAGGCCUGUUGUGACCUCCUUCAACUAUAUCCAUGAUUCAGCAAACAGUCCACGCAUCCUGUUGGAGGGACGCGGCAGUCACAUGCUGAAGCCACACCUCCUGCUGCUUAGCCACUUCAAGGCUGUCAUUAUCAAGCGCUUCCACUACAUCACCCGCAACUGGCGCUCUCUCUUCUCCCAGAUCAUCCUGCCAGCCAUCUUUGUUGCCAUCGCAAUGACUGUCGCCCUGGCUGCCCCCUCUGUUGAUGACUUGCCUCCCAUUGAACUCAGCACCCUGCAGUACUACAAUGUAACGCAUCUUGGGGGGAAUUUUGUUCCCAUCACCAACGAGAGAAUGAGUUCACGUUCCAAGGUAAACCCUGAUGAUGCUGUAGCUUCUCGUCUGAUGGAGACUUUUAAACUGGCCUCUGGGAUUGGUGCCAGCUGUGUUCUUCAGUUGCCUCAGUCCACUCCUGGCUUGCUUACGGACCUCAACAGCUGGCAAGACCCUGCCUAUGACCCAUCUUGCCAGUGGCUGAUUGACUUGCAGCAAAAGGUGGAGACCAUCCCAAUACUGACAGAAGAGAGCAAUCAGACAGACUUCACUCCCCUAGAGCCAAGUUUUUCGCAAAAGCAUUAUUACCCAUCAUGCCAUUGUGCCAGUGAUGGUUCUCAAUAUGAGUGUGUCAACAACAAUCACGAAAAACCACCUAGCUUUCGUGUGAUAACACAAGAUUGGCUUGUCAACAUAACUGGCCAGAAGGCAGAAGAUUAUCUUUUGUACACAACCUAUGAUAAGCGCCUUCACAGGUAUGGAGCAGUUUCCUUUGGUCUUUUGCGGAAAGACAUACCAGAAAACUUUGGUGAAUCUGCUCCUACGUUGUACAAGAAGCUUGCUGUACGGAAUGUUGCAAAGGUCUGGUUUAACCACAAAGGAUACCACUCCAUGCCAGUCUUUCUCAAUGCCAUCAACAAUGCUAUUUUGCGGGCAAACUUACCCAGCAAGAAAGGCAAUCCUGCAGCUUAUGGGAUCACUGCUGUAAACCAUCCAUGGAAUGAUACCAACAAUGUUCUCAACACAAUGAACUUCGUAGCACAGCAAAAGCGGCUGGAGGGAUCUGAUGUGCUUAUCUCCAUCUUCAUCAUUGUGGCCAUGUCAUUUGUACCAGCCAGCUUUGUUGUUUUCCUUGUAUAUGAACGAUCAACCAAAGCCAAGCACCUGCAGUUUGUCACAGGCAUUAAUCCUGUCAUGUACUGGAUUGGCAACUACACCUGGGACAUGGCCAACUAUGUAAUUCCAGCGUUCAUGUGUGUCAUGAUUCUACUCAUAUUCCAAAUCCCAGCAUAUGUCUCCACAGACAAUUUGCCAGCAGUUAUUGCCCUCUUCCUCAUGUAUGGCUGGUCAAUCACACCAGUCAUGUAUCCAGCCUCCUUUUGGUUUAACGAGCCCAGCACAGCCUACAUCUGCCUCAUCGUUAUCAAUCUCUUUACUGGCAUCACUUGUAUUGUGUCCAGCUUUCUUCUGGAGAUUUUCUCAUAUGACAAGGAUCUGGAGCGAGUGCACAAUGUGCUGAAGAUUGUCUUCAUGCUCUUCCCUAACUACUGUUUGGGUCGUGGCCUGAUAGAUCUGGCUUUCAACGAGUACAAGAAUGAGUAUUACUUCAAAACAGGUCAGAAUGACUUGAUGACAUCACCCAUGCAGUGGGAGCUCAUCCCCAGACUUCUGGUUGCCAUGGCUUCCAUUGGCUUGGCAUUCUUUUUCAUCACUCUUUUGUGUGAAUACCGGUUCUUCCUCCCAGGUCGUCAGCGAACAACAUCCCAGCAGGCCACUGUGGAAAACGAAGACUAUGAUGUAGCCAUGGAGCGGAAACGUGUGUUGAGAGGCAGUGGAAAGUACGAUGUACUUCGCCUCGAAAAUCUCACUAAGGUCUAUAAAACACGCAAGCUUGGCAGACAUCUGGCAGUGAAUAAACUUUGCCUGGGAGUGCCACCUGGCGAGUGCUUUGGUCUUCUGGGUGUAAAUGGUGCUGGGAAGACAACAACAUUCAAAAUGUUGACUGGAGACAUACCACCUACAGCUGGCGGCGCUUAUCUUAAUGGUCACAGUAUUGUCAAGGACAUCAAGAAAGUUCAACACAAUAUAGGCUACUGCCCACAGUUUGACUGCCUGUAUGAUGAGCUGACAGCUCGUGAACACCUGCAGCUGUACUGUAGGCUGAGAGGUGUACCUCCUAAAGAUGAGAAACAGGUGGUGGAAUGGGCACUGAACAAACUAGGGCUGGCAAAGUAUGCGGACAAGCUCAGUGGCACCUACAGUGGUGGCUGCAAGCGCAAGCUGUCCACUGCUAUUGCACUCAUUGGCCAUCCUCCGGUCAUCUUCAUGGAUGAACCGACAACAGGAAUGGAUCCACACUCACGCCGCUUCCUCUGGAACCUCAUACUAAGCCUCAUCCAAGAUGGCCGGUCUGUCAUUCUGACUUCACACAGCAUGGAGGAGUGUGAGAUUCUGUGCACAAGGCUGGCCAUCAUGGUAAAUGGACGCUUCCAGUGCCUGGGCAGCACCCAGCACCUAAAAAAUAAAUUUGGUGAAGGUUACACGUUUAGUAUUAGGGUGGCUGGCCCUGACUAUGAACACAACCAGCGUGAGAUCAUCCGCUUUAUUGAGAGAAACAUUCCAUCAGCAUCGCUGAAAGAGCAGCACUACAACCUUGUGCAGUAUGAGCUGAAGGCAAGACCUGUCUCUCUUGGAGACUUGUUUGAGAAACUAGAGCAAGCUCAGCAAGACUUGCAUGUAGAGGACUACUCUGUUAGCCAGAACACACUGGAUAAUGUGUUUAUCAACUUUGUCAAGAAACAAGUUGAAAUUGUUCGGGAUGAAGAGGAGCCCAUACAGCAGGUUCGGAGACCAUGGCUGCUGGGUCGCUCUCGAGCACGGUGCCAGCCAAUUUUUGAUGACAGUGCUGGGACCGAGGAUGUGCAGCCCUUGCUGGGCUCAAAUCGGAUCUCAGAUGGUCUCGAGCUGAGUGACGAUGAUGAUGACUUGAUGCUCCAGUUUGACCAGUCAGAUGGGACACGCCUUACUCUGAUGCCCUUGUGAAAGGAGCACCAUUGCAGAACCAUUUGAGAGUGCAGAAACAUUGUACGGAAUAAACCCCCAAAGUGGAGUGUGAUCUAUGCUACCCUCUUUCAGAAUGCAUUUGGGAGUAGACCCAAACUGGCCUGUGGUUGUGUGAUUUUUAUUCUUCAGAAUCACUUCUCAAUGUAAAAUUUCAGUUAAGCCUGCAUUCAUGCUAUGUGUAGCUUACCUGCAUUCAUGAACAAUCAUGUAAACUAUUUUGCAUUUGUAUUGGUUGCCAACAAACUUUGAUGGCAGUGCAAUAGCUCUGCUAAACCAUCUAUAGCUGAGCUGGACUGGAGAAACAGAUGUGCCUGGGGAUCUAGGCAUUGCUAACAGUUGAUUGAACUUAUAUGUACACAUAAAGUGUUGGAUGUACGGUAUGUGCUUGGGAGUGAGGUUACCCACAGAUUUUCCUGGGUAGCCCCUCUGUAGUUUAGUUGUGGGUCAGUUAAUUCCUGCUGUGGUGUUGGGGGGAUACAGCAUGUAUGUUUGUGCAUAUAAUAGUAUGUUUUUAUAUAGAUUUGCUAUGGCUGUGCUUCUUUCUGUAAAAUAUUUUACAGGUGGGAUGAAAGCUUUUUUGCAUCCAUUUUUCAUAUACUUUUUUUUCUGUGAUAUCAGUUUAAAAUCAGACGUGAAAAAGUAAUGUUGUGUCAAAACUGUCAAUCUCUACUACUAAAAGCAUAGUGUCUUUGAAACGUCCAUCAAAUAGAGAUGAUUAUUAUGAUGGUUGUAAAUCUUCCAUUUUCAAUGUGAUAAAGGAUGGAUUAUAGCGACACCAUGUAAGUUUAUUUUUGUGUGUGGAAAUGGUGUGUGGUCAUGGAGUAAAUGAGAGAUGAUUUCUGGAUAUUCUGUGGUGUAGUGAAGAAUUUUCUGAGAAAAAGCAUGGAUUUAGUUUUCUGACUACACAGCCUGUUCAAUCCAGCCACUGAUGCAUUCAUCUGGCUGCAAGCAAACUUGAUCAAGUUUUAAGAAUUGUGUGGCAGCACUUUUUUCAGGGGGUUAGUCAAAUCACAACUGUGGUUUGUCCAUCUGGAAUAUUUUUGGGGAUGCAGGGAAUGGACCCUAAAUUGAAAACAUUAAGGGUCAUGGUGUGUUCGCUUCGGGAAGUGACUUAUACCAUGUACUCAUUGCGUGAAGAUCAAGAUUUUAAAUGAAAUGUUCCCCCCACCUCCACCACCACAAAAAUUGGUUGUGUCUUUUAUCAUGCAUUGCCAUUAUGCGCUCUAAAUUUUUUUUUAAAAAAUUUUUACAUAUGUAGACUAUUAUAAGAAACAGAUACAAUAAUAGUGUAUAUUGCAAGAUACCUAAGUUGCCUUUGAUUUGAGUCAGGUAAGCAGCAAUCAAGGCAUCCUUCAAGAUGGAGUCAGGCGAUGUGCCACACAUUCCUUUUUGUUCGUUUAAGAGAAAUUAUGUUUGGUAAGGAAAAGCCUUUAAAAACAUGAUCUUAUCUGCAGGACGUCUGAAGGAUAGUUUAAUUCUCACGAAUUUUGAAAAACAAGUUUUAUGAAAACAUUUUGUAAUGGCAGCAACAACAUGAGCAUUGUAUCUUUGGAAUAGUUUUGUACGAAGGAUAUCACAAAGUUCUUAUGCCUGUGCAGAAAAAGCUGGAAAAUGAAACUUGAUGAUGGUUACAAAGUUCUAUCAGCAAAAACAGAAAAGCCAUGGUUAAGUUUAAAAAAUAACUGACACCUAUAUAGAUUUCACAGAUUGCCUUUUAUUACAGGUAUUGCUCCUUACUGUUACAAGAUGAGCAAAAGCUAUCCUUAUCAUGGAGAUUUUGUGAUAUUGCUGUUGUUUAUGGAAUGUGAAUCUGUGUGUGAGAGCAUACAAGUGUGUAUGUGUGCUUAUGUGCAGACCAUGCUAGUUUUAAAAUGUGAAGGCCCAUUCAGUUUCUGUUUAAAUAAAACACUAAACUUUGUUGUAUAAACAAUCCUAAAAUGCUGUCAAAAAUGUUUGAUAUUAGUACCCAUAUCCAUUUUUUUCCAUUAUAUAUAUCUGAGAACUCAGUAAUUUUCUUUUUAGAAACCUGCAUAUUUCCAUCAAUUUGUUUAAUAAUGUUAAUCACUUGAGAGCAUUCACCUGGCAUUGCAAAGGAUAUUCUAGCAUCGGUUCCAGAAAUGUCAUUAUUACAGCAUUAUUUAUGUGCUCAAAUCUCAUUUAUGUUGGUUUUUGUCCCAUUAGAAGCAUGACAUCUGUGUGAUUCUCAUGUAAAGUGAAUGUUAUUUGUCAUAUCUCAUUUUCAGAAAUCCAAAGUCUUAAUGACUGUAACUCUUGUACAUAUAUACUUUCAUCAUGCAGAAAAGAUUUCAAAUGUUUUCUAAUAAAUGGUAUGAUUAAACUAUCAGCCCAACAACAGCACCAAAGUCAUGCUUGCAGAAUAUUUCUUUAACCAUUUUCAUAUGUUCUUUAUUGAACAUUUCAUUGAUCUUCAUUUUCGUUGGGACAUGAAUUGCUGUUUUCUUGAAAACUAUUUUGAGAACAACUUUUCAUAUAGAAAUCGAAACAGAUAUGCAUUGCAGAAUGUAUUUUUUAAUGAUGACUGAUCAGGAAAGAUAAAAAAAAAAAAAAAGAGAAGAGUGAGAAGGAAUAGCAGAAAGGUUCUUCAGUUGUGGAAAGGGAGAGGUAAAGGGUAAAAGUCUUGAAGAGGAUAAGAUUUUGAGAAUGCAACAAAUAAAAUAUAGAAAGGCAUUCUGCUGCUAGAUGGAUGGUUGUGCAAACAGCGAUCGUAAGGGGUCAGUAGAAAACAAUAUGGUUAUAUAAACAUUGUGAACGGAAGGGAGGAACUGCAAAUCUCAUGGUGCCAUAGUCUUAGCCAUUCUCUUUAGGAGAAAAUGAAGGAUGGCUGUUGCUUUCACAACAGUCUUUUGAUUUGUGUCCAGAUAUACAAAGCUGAUGAUGAAAUUGUGUUUAGGUUUACUACUUCAGGCAUCUAUGCUGAUGUCACACUCCUUCCUGCAUGAGCUAUGAAUGUAGUCCUUAACAUGAGAUCAAACCACAGAAUUAUCAACACCAAUAAUUGACACAAUGGCACAUACCAAAAUAAAAAAAAGAAACUUAUUAAAAAAUCGUCGUAAAGUUAAAUAGUUACUAGUUCAGCAAGACUUAAUUUUUUUUAGGUUAAAUAAGGUUGUGAAAAAAGUUGCUGGGAAAAGGAACCAAAAGGGGAAGGGAAGAGAAUACACAAAUGGAAGAUGGUACUUGCCAGUAUAAAAGGAAAGGUGGUAUGUUUGAACUGUAAUAUACUUAAAGCAUUUAAUGAGAAAUGGUUCACAUAGAUGUGCUUAUUUAGAAGCAUUGUUAUGUCAGCUGGGGUGUCUGUAGAUAAACAGCAUCAAAGAUCAUACAAUCUAUUUGGCAAUUGUCAACACUGCUCUGUCUUACAAAUCACAAAACUGAGGACAGUUUGUAAGAAUGGCAGUGUGGAAUGGCAAAGAAAAAGGAGGAAAAACAAAUGUUCUUGAGAAUGCGUGGUUGUAAUGAAUGUCUUAAAGUGCACCUUGAUUAAUUUGAUAAUCUAUUCUCUUUGAUCUCUAUAGGCAUGACCGCCUGACAUUAAAGUGGCCUUGAGGGAUUCUGUUUACAAUUUCCCAAAUUUAUUUUAUUCUUAAGUAUCAUAUAACCCACAUUGGAUGCUGCAGGCAGCAGAGCUUAAGACUACAUUGUUAGGCAGGUCUAUUUGGCCACUAGGCAGAUUUUGUACAAGAAUUGUUCUAGCCCACAAGUGAUACCAAGUUCUGCUACAAAUUUAAAACAAUCUUUUCCCAAGUCAGCUUACAGAAUAUGAGCAUAGGAAGAGCAAAUAUUUAUGUUAAUGUGUAUCUGUAUAAAACUUUCAUUCGUUCAUAUCCACACUAGUUAGAAAUAUCAUUGGGUAUAAAAUAUAAAACCAUGAAAAACAGCCAUAAUUUUUUAGUUAAAAUAAAUGUUCUUUUAAACACAUUUAACACUUAUUCUGCAGGAAGAAUGUUAUCUGAGAGCACUGUUACCAGUCCUAUAUGUUGAAUUACAAUGAAAAAUCAGAUGUGUGGAUUAAAUGCUUGGCUUCCAAAGUGGGUGCUGGAUAUAGCAUGUGCAUGCAUAAUUUUCGUUACCAUGCAUUUCAUAGUAUAUAUUACUGCACAUAUUCACUUGGUACUUUUGUCAUUUCACGCUGGUAAUGUGUGAAUUUUUCUCUGGCAUUCAUGGUUUUGUCUUUUUCUGACCAUUGAUGAAAUAUCAUGCAGCUGUAGAAAAGUUUGGUGAAAUAAAAGGUGAGUUCA